CCCGCGAAGAAGAAGAAGACGAGGCUUCCGGCCGGAGCCCUUAAAUACAAAACGCGGCAAAAUCGAAGUGAGUUUUAUAUGUGUAAACAAACGGCGGAGUCGUUUUUAGCAUUUGUGUUUACGUUCUACUUUGUCCGUGUUUAGUUCAACUCUUUCCCGAAAUGGACCCGACGGCCCGGUUUUUCGCGGCGCUCAGAAAGACGGCGGUGACCUUAGAGUCCGAAAGCGUGAAGCUCCGGCAGGCUUUUGACAACCGCAACAACGACGAAGACGGCGACGCCGAAGCGCGAGCCCUCCGCGCGUGCCACGGAGUGAACUGUGACGUCAGGGAGCUGAAGGAGCAGAUCCGGGGUCAGAUUGUUCAGCAGAGAGCCCAGGACACCGAGCUGGACAGCUUCAUUAAAGCCGCUCGAGUGAUGGAGCAGAGGCUUACCAACGACGUCCAGGCGCUGAAGGGACAUUGGGAGAAGUACGGCUACCAAGCUCCUCAAGACUCUCAAAGGCAGACAGAGACCGAAGAUGAAGCAGCGGCUGAAAUGGAGACUGAAGCCACAAACGAGGGCGUAAACCAGGAAGAGGACAAAGGCAGUCGCUCCUCCUGCUUGACGCCCGGACCCUCUUCCCUCGCCGACCCGCUGCGAACCCCUCAGCUCUCCGAUUUCGGCCUCUCCGAGGGGGAGAUUAAGAGAGCUCUGGCCGGGGUGGAGUGGUGCGCCGAGGCCCCCGUCAUGCCCGAGCUGAGCCUCCCUCACGCCUCGCUCAGAGCGCCGCUGCCCAUGACCCCCAAACGCACCCUGAGGAUGGACGACGACGAGCUGCAGACGCCUCAGAUGUCUGACUUCGGCCUUUCCGAGCACACCAUGUGUCUGAACAACGACUUCACCAUGGACCUGUUUCGGAAGAACGUUGAAAAGCUCCAAAGACCACAUCUAGAGAUGCCGGUACCACCGGUGAGCACUCUGAUGGAGGGUCUGCACGCUAAAGUGCAGGACUUAGUGUCUCCGGAGCCGCCUGCGUUUCUCACCCCGGGGUUCAAGAGAAAGACCAACCUGACCCCCGCCCAGAGGGAGGGCGACCCGGAGUUCCCCGGUCGCCACGGAAACCUUCCCGCCACCCCUGAGGUGCCUUUGUUUGAGGCCCCGUACAUGAACCGAAUGGCCACCUCCAGAAAGAACGCUCCUCAGCCGGAGCCCGACGGCGGCCCUCCGUCGCCUCGUAGCAAGCGGCGCUGGGAGUACAACGUGCCGGACCCCGCUGAGGACGAUCCAAUGCCGGCGAUGCCGAACCUGGAGUCCGCUUUGGGGAACUCGUUACAAACUAGAAGUACCAAAAUGCAGAAAAAGACUUUGGAGUCCGCCGCGGAGCCGGAGGGAGCCGUGCAGGAGUUCAGCCUGGGGACUCCUCGCCUCAGGGUGGACUACCAGGAGCCCAGCACCCCGGAGAUGCCCGACCUCAGCUCUGUCACUCAGGAUAUCUGUAAACUUCUGACCCAGGCCCAGCUGAAAAAGCCCUGCAUGGCGGUGGUGAACCCAAACGUCAGGCCGAAAAAUGACCAAAUCGGAGCUGCGAGGUUGUCUGAGGUGUCGGAGAGAGAGUUCCAGAGUCUUCCGAAGUACCUGAAGCAAAUGACUCUGCACAACCUCAACCAGGCGCUCCUCAACCUCAACAAGUUCACAGAAGAAGGGGAACAGACAGAGUUUCGGCUGGAGGACCUGAAGAGGAUUUGCGGCACCGGAACCAAGACCACUGCAUACAUCCUGUGCCUGACGGAGCUGAGGAGGCUGCAGCACACGGGUGGAGAGAGGAGGACCUCCGUGUACAAGCUGUGCUGAAGCCCUUUAGGGCACAGCUGAUUGUACAUUGUUUUGAUGCACUGCGCUGGUCUGUACAUGAUUGUUAAUAAAUAUAUGGGAUAUGCAAAUGUUUGUAAUAAAGUUUAACUGUAGGUAAAAGAUGCCAUUGCGUUAAUAAUUAGAAGAUAAAAUUGCUUUCAAC